CUCCACUCAGACUCAGUCCAUUCACUCUCUGUCCAAAUUCACUCUCGGGCUUCUUCCCUCUUCACACACACAUACACAUACACAGCAAUCCUCAGGCAGCCAUGUUCCGAGGAAAGCAGCUUUCUGUGCAGUGCCUCCGUGGCCUGUCCAAGAGGUCUUUCGCAGCCGCAGCAGAAGACAUCGGUGCUACCAAGGUGCCUAUGAGCAUCCACGAACAGAACAAGUUCAUCAACUACAAGCGUAUCCAAGAUAACGUAGACAUCGUCAAGAAGCGUCUCGGAAGGCCCCUCACCUAUUCCGAGAAGCUCGUCUACGGACAUCUCGACGAUGCGCACAACCAGGACAUUGAGCGUGGUGUCUCCUACCUCAAGCUGCGUCCUGACCGUGUCGCGUGCCAGGAUGCCACCGCACAGAUGGCCAUCCUCCAAUUCAUGUCUGCAGGCCUCCCAGAGGUCGCUGUCCCUACCACCGUCCACUGCGACCACUUGAUUGAGGCUCAGGUAGGCGGACCUAAGGAUUUGGCUCAUGCCAACGACAUCAACAAGGAGGUUUACGACUUCCUUGCCUCUUCCUCAGGAAAGUACAACAUUGGUUUCUGGAAGCCAGGAUCCGGAAUCAUCCACCAGAUUGUCCUCGAAAACUACGCCUUCCCAGGUGCUCUCAUGAUCGGAACUGACUCCCACACACCCAAUGCCGGAGGUCUCGGUAUGAUUGCCAUUGGUGUCGGUGGUGCUGAUGCCGUCGAUGUGAUGGCUGACAUCCCAUGGGAGCUCAAGUGCCCCAAGGUCCUCGGUGUCAAGUUGACCGGCAAGCUCUCUGGCUGGACUGCACCCAAGGACAUCAUUCUCAAGGUCGCUGGUAUUCUUACUGUCAAGGGAGGUACUGGAUACAUUGUUGAGUACUUUGGUCCUGGUGUCGACACCCUUUCUUGCACUGGUAUGGGAACCAUCUGCAACAUGGGUGCUGAAAUUGGUGCCACCACGUCCGUCUUCCCCUUCAACGACCGCAUGGCCGACUACCUUUCCGCCACCAAGCGAAAGAACAUUGCUCAGUACGCAAAGGCCUUUGGAAACUACCUCAAGGCCGAUGAAGGCUGCGAGUACGACCAGGUCAUUGAGGUCAACCUUUCUGAGCUCGAGCCUCACAUCAACGGACCCUUCACCCCCGAUCUCGCUACACCCAUCUCCAAGUUCGCUCAGACUGCCAAGGACAACAACUGGCCCUUGGACCUCAAGGUCGGACUCAUUGGUUCGUGCACCAACUCCUCAUACGAGGACAUGAACCGUUCCGCCUCUAUUGUGCGUGAUGCUGCUGAGCACGGACUCAAGUUCAAGUCUCUUUACACCGUCACUCCUGGUUCCGAGCAGAUUCGCGCUACCAUUGAGCGUGAUGGACAACUCGCCACAUUCGAGGAAGCUGGCGGCAUGGUUCUUGCCAAUGCCUGCGGACCUUGCAUUGGUCAAUGGAAGCGAACAGACGUCCCCAAGGGCGAGGCCAACUCCAUCAUCUCAUCUUACAACCGUAACUUCACUGGACGUAACGACGGUAACGCCAAGACACACUCCUUUGUCGCUUCCCCCGAUCUCGUCACAGCUAUGGCUUUCGGCGGUUCACUCACCUUCAACCCAUUGACCGACACCCUCAAGGGUGCUGAUGGCAAGGAGUUCAAGCUCAAGGAGCCUUCCGGUGAGGGUCUCCCUUCAAACGGCUUCGACCCCGGCAUGGACACCUACCAGGCACCUCCCAAGGACCGCUCAAACGUCAACGUCGUUGUCUCCCCUACCUCCGACCGAUUGCAGCUCCUUGCUCCCUUCAAGCCAUGGACGGCCGACUCGGCCAAGAACAUGCCUAUCCUCAUGAAGGUGAAGGGUAAGUGCACCACCGACCACAUCUCAGCCGCUGGUCCUUGGCUCAAGUACCGUGGUCACAUCCAAAACAUCUCGCAAAAUUACAUGAUCGGUGCCAUCAAUGCUGAGAAUGGUGAGGCCAACAGCAUCUACAACCCAUACAGCAAGAGCUUUGACAAAGUCCCCACUGUUGCCUUGGCGCACCGUGAGGCCGGCAGGCCUUGGGUGGUGAUUGGUGAGGAGAAUGUCGGUGAGGGAUCUUCACGUGAACACGCCGCUAUUGAGCCCCGUUACCUCGGUGGUUUCGCAAUCAUCACAAAGUCAUUUGCUCGUAUCCACGAGACCAACUUGAAGAAGCAAGGUCUCUUGCCACUCAACUUUGUUGACCCUGCAGCAUAUGACAAGAUUUCCCCUCGUGACACCGUGUCGAUCGAAGGUCUCGAGAGCUUUGCACCUGCCAAGAACUUGACUUUGCGUGUCACACCAGAGGGCAAGGGCGAGUCAUGGACCACUGAGCUCAAGCACACUUUCAACGAGGGACAGAUUGGUUGGUUCCGCGCUGGUUCGGCACUUGCACUCAUGGCGGCCAAAGCCAAGAAGAACUAGAAAAGCACUUUCUGGGUUUACAUACGUAGAUCUCUAUACUUUUGAUAGGGAGGGUAGCGCAACUCUUUAGGGUUAAUCUAUCUCUGUUUUGCAAUUCCCUG